CGUUUGGCAGGCGCCGAGUGCGAGCGGCAGCCGCGCUGCCCCGCCGCCCCGGACUGGUCGCCUGCUCGCGGGGCGGCACCAUGCAGACCUUCCUGAAGGGGAAGCGGGUGGGAUACUGGCUGAGCGAGAAGAAGAUCAGGAAACUGAAUUUCCAGGCCUUCGCCGAGCUGUGCCGGAAAAGAGGCGUAGAAGUAGUGCAGCUUGACCUCACCAAACCCAUUGAAGAUCAGGGCCCUUUGGAUGUGAUCAUACAUAAACUGACAGAUGUAAUCCUUGAAGCAGACCAGAAUGACAGCCAGUCACUGGAGUUGGUUCAGAGGUUCCAGGAGUACAUUGAUGCUCAUCCAGAGACCAUUAUCCUAGACCCUCUCCCGGCUAUCCGUACACUUCUGGAUCGAUCCAAGUCGUACGAGCUCAUCCGGCGAAUAGAAGCAUACAUGCAAGAUGAGAGGAUCUGUUCACCACCGUUUAUGGAGCUGACAAGUGCCUGUGGAGAAGAUACCUUGAAGCUUAUAGAGAAGAAUGGACUGGCAUUCCCAUUCAUUUGUAAAACCAGAGUGGCCCACGGAACCAACUCUCAUGAGAUGGCGAUCAUCUUCAACCAGGAGGGCCUCAAAGCCGUUCGCCCCCCCUGUGUCAUUCAGAGCUUCAUCAACCACAAUGCUGUGCUCUAUAAAGUGUUUGUGGUCGGGGAAUCUUACACCGUGGUGAAAAGACCAUCUUUAAAGAACUUCUCUGCAGGCAUCUCAGACAGAGAAUCAAUAUUUUUCAACAGCCACAAUGUUUCCAAACCAGAGUCCUCAUCUGUCUUAACAGCGCUGGAUAAAAUCGAAGGAGUAUUUGAGCGGCCAAAUGACGACGUCAUCCGGGAAAUCUCCAAAGCGCUGCGGCAAGCUCUGGGAGUUUCCCUCUUUGGAAUUGAUAUCAUCAUUAACAACCAGACUGGGCAGCAUGCAGUCAUUGAUAUAAAUGCAUUCCCAGGCUAUGAGGGUGUUUCUGAAUUUUUCACAGAUCUGCUGAACCACAUAGCUGCUGUCCUGCAGGGUCAGGUACCUGAGGUGACCCAGCUAAACCACAGCAAGCUCCUGGCAGAGCAGAGCGGUGGGAUCAUGGACGAGCGGAUAUGCUGUGCUAGCACAGGCUGUCUCAGCGUCAUGGGAAAAGACUCCUCCUGGAUUGUGGAGAGCGACAGCAACAGCUCAGUAAAACUGCAACACCAGAGACUAGGCUGCAACUCAGCAGUGUCCCCCAGCUUCCAGCAGCACUGCGUCGCUACGUUGGCAACAAAAGCUUCUUCUCAAUAACUUGCCAAUGCCAUGGACUGAGAAAAAGCCCCAGGGAUACAGAUUGUGGUCCCAGAACCAGAUCAGGCUUUAACAAUACAAUUGACAAAAAAAUAGGGGGGAAAACUCAAAACACAAUACAAAAAAGCAAAAUAAAAAAACUUUCAAUUUGAUUUAACCUAAUUUGCUGAUGAAACGGACUGAAAGGGGAAGAGUGAGAAAGUGAUCCAAAUCCAUUUCGUCAGAUUCCAGUUGCAAAUCUGUAGUGAGUUUACACACACACGUGUUUUAACACUAGUCCUUUCAUUGUGGGAGGGUUGCUCUUUCAUUUCUAUUAUUCUUUGUAAUCACUGGUGACCAGCAUUUUAAAAUCGGACCUCAUGCUAUCAAGAAGAUAAUAAUAUUGAAAUGCAGUGUCUGAAUGUAACAGUGCUAGAGAUUUUAGCCUAAAAAACUUCCUGUUCCUCUUUUUUCCACGUACGCCAUUGCAUAAGGAAGCUAAAACAACUUCAGUAUCACUAAACCAAAUCUCUUGAAAUGUUGACCAGUCAUGAUGUUGGCAGGUAGCUUGCUGUGAAGCCACUGCACUUUGAGUAGGACAGAGCAGCCUGCGUAUUCAGGGCACAGAGCCGAGGUGACCACCCCUGUCCCAGCUUUGCAGUUCUCCCCCCAGGCCUCAGUGCUUCACUUAGAUCAGCUUCCAACCACACUUGCAAACAGCAACAUCUUUUACCCAGAGAGGGUGCCACUAUUUAGGUGGAGUCAUUUAGUAGAUUAAAUAACAUGCUUUCAAUUGUCUGCUAGUGCUGAAAUCUUAGAAGAGUUAAAGAAGCAGCUCAUCUCUUCACAGGGAGUUUAAUUCUCCUUCCAUUGCACUUGUGAGGACUCUGGGACAGCUCUGGGAAAAGGCUGGCAGAGCUGUGCUUUUUCCUUGGAGCAGUACACCUGAGCUGUGUAUCCUGAGAGGUAACACAGUCACUGCCUUCCACAGAUCCAUGUUGUUGUACAUUUUUUUUCUAAAAUAUAAACAAAAUUGUGUACCUUCAUAUAAGGUAGAAAUACAGGACCCCUCUAGCUUGGAGACCCGAUUACUUUGUAGCAAGCUGCCAGGCGAGGCCAUAUGGUAGUUUCCAACAGUGCUGUAUCCUAUUUGUAAACUAUAGCACAGCCAAUUUGUUUCUCUUGAGAUAUCUUCUAGUAUGGCAGCAUCUUCUGCUGUUGAGAAUUCUUGCAACUUUUGCUAGUUCUGAACACUAUAUUAGAAAUAUCCAAGUGCUAAGAACAGAAACACUAUUUUGGUAGAAGUGGCCUUCUCUUCCCCUUAUUAGCCCUAAAAUACAUUUAAGAAGGGUGGUGUUAAAAAAAUUUCCUUAGUUAAGCUCCUAGCUUGAAAAUAUAGGAUUUCUCUCUUUUGUAUAGCACGUGUUCAUAAAGCAUCUGUCACUGCAGCAUUUAAUGCCAGUUUGGUUAGUAUCAUGUGUUAGAUGGCUACUCAGAAGGAAAGGGUCUAGAACUUAAAGCCCAGGUGGAUCAUGGACAGAGGAUCAACUGUGUAAAAGUUGUCACCACCCUGUCUGAUGGUACCAGUCCUAGAGGGAAAAAAGUUUUGAAGAGUGUUAUGUAGCAGUUCUUUUAUGUAAACAAAGCUUUUCCCAUAGGAGAGAUUGGUCUUCUUCCAAAAUGCCAUUCUUGGGAAUUUCCUGUAGCCAGGAUUGAAUUUUUCAGGAUGAUUUAUACAACAAAAGAUGAUUCCACCUCUAGAGGGAUUACUAACUUUAAAGUAUUUCUAUAGGGACUGGAAGAACCUUAUGGGUGUGGUAUCAGUCAGAUGCCAGGGUGCUCAUUAGCACAGCCAACUUCCUCAAGUGUGGCAGAUCAGUUCUGAGCUGGGCACGCUUCACAACCCUUGUGUGCUUUGAGGCUGCUGGAUCCCGUGCUGUGUGCAGCUUGCAGGUCUCGGAUGGCUGUGGUGUGAGUGAGUCAGAUGUACAGGGUUUAUAAAAGUAUUCAUGGUAGAGACCAAACCUUUUGUAAAGCCAUGACUAAAAUGAAAUUGACAUCUGCAGUUUGGGGUUUGUUUUUGUUUGUUUAAAAUAAAAAGUGUUUUUAUGUUACAUGUGUAACAAAAGAUGCCCUCAGGAAGGAACUUGCCAGUGCAUAUUUUUGUAUGGUACUUUCUUGUAACCAGCUGGUGGAGUGUUUGUAGAUUUGCCUGUUGCUCUCUUUAUUACAAUGGCUUGGGCUUUUUUUGGUUUUUUGGGUUUUGUUUCUUUAUCGGGUGGUGGGGAUGGAGCAAUCAUGUUAGAACUGGGUUACUAACUCAAGACCUUUCAAACUAAGUAUGUUUACAUGAAUCUGAGUGUUGGAUCCAAUGGAAAUGUCUGUAUGCUGUUUUCUAGUUAGAACAUCAAAUAAGAAUUUUAUUUUCCUGGCUGCCUUCUGAAUUUUGGUUGGCCUAUUUUGCACUGCUUUUUUUUUCCAAAAUAAACUACUGAAAUAUAAUUGUGCAUUUUAAACUUGUUUACAAAUGAUUGUUAGAAGUUUAUUUUGUAAUUCUCUGAAUGCUUGCAGAAAUACUAUAUUUAAAUAUUACUCCAGACCUUGGCAGUAACUAGAAAACAAGUUUAGGUCAUUGGUGUGAUCAGUGACAUUUUUUCCCAUAGUCUGUAAUUUAUUUUUUAUUUAUCGAAUGUAUCGGUAUCACUUUAAUUUACCAGGUGCAGUUAUGCAGGUACCUGUUGUGAUGUGGCAUUACAAUAGAGUUUGGACAUAAAUUACCAUGCAUUUGCUGAACUACUAUAUUUCCUUGCAGAAAUUAAGGUAAUGGCUCGUGUACUAGAAUGUUGCUAAAUCACAGGGGCAAAUUGGGAGACCAAUUUGUAAAAGCCAAAACUGUAAAUUACCAAGUAUCCAGACAAUUACGUUCUUGCAAAACAUUUGAGCAUGAGUAUGUUAUUAAGCUUGUGCUAAAGUGCUUUUCUGAAUUGCUGCCUCAUUUGGAAGUUCAGGAUAAUUUUGAUUUAAGAUAAGCUUCACAGUAAGUUUGUUAAUAUUCUGUAGUCUUGUCUUUCUUUGUAAAAGUAGGAGUGUAGUAACAUUUGAUCAUACCAGAAUGCCCUUGCUCUUAAAAUUGCAGACAAUCUGAGGAGAUUUUCCAUAAUGUCUGUUUUAAUUCUUUUUAUUGUGGGUUAGAAAAAGGUUCUCCUGUCUUUUCAGAGGCAUAACUUUUACUGCUGUGCUGAUGAGAACAAUUGUAUCAAAAUGACAUGGUCACCAGUUAGCUUUUUAGGGAUUUAUUACUGUUCUGCUUCACUGUUUGAAAUCCACAAAAAUACCAUUAGCUUGACUGGAAUUUCUCCAGGUUUUGUGUCAGCUGGUGGAGAUGAGAUUCUGGUUUCCACUGUAAUUACAUAAUUAGCUACAACAGGUGAAGAUCUUUCCAUGUUGAGGAGUACUUGAGUGGUAUUACUGCUGCCUGUGAUGUAAAGUCACCCUCUUCCCCCUCUACCUGACUUGGCCACAUUGUGCCUGACUUUGUAGCCUGUGCCAGAACAUCCUGAUCAUUAUGUGAAAGCCAACUGCAGAAAUGCAACCAAGCCAUCAGCAUCUGUGCUAGCUCUUGUGGUUUGUGUAAUGCAGAACCACUGGGCCAGUGAUGUUUUGCCUUUGGUUGAAGUGUCUGGCUGUACAACCUUUGUGCUGGGGAGCUGAUAACUGGGCUGGUUGGUAGGUAGGAUAAAUUCAUUAUUACUAUUCAGACUGUUGUAAUGUUAAAGUUUAAACAUCUCCCACAUCUCCCUCCAAUGUGGGAAUGUGUCUGCAGCAGGUUGCACAGACAGAAAUCUACCAGUUGAAUUUGUUCUCAUUGUAGAUGAUUACAAGCUAAGAACCCAACCCAGAGGCAUCAGGAGACAAUGAGAAUUGCUCAAGAUAAAGCCUCAAGUUUUCUAGAUGAAUUGCGGGCAUUAUCCAGCCAGGGAACAACCAGGUGGAGCAGUAGUUGGAUAACAGAGGCAGAACACAGUCCAAAAGCAACAGAAUAAAUGGGGCCAGAGGUGUCACCUGGCAAAAAAAAAAAAAAAA